CCAUGGGUACUCAGGGCUGGGAAAGAGCAGGGGGUUGGGGAGGGAGUGCUGCUCCCCGGGGACUUGUGUUUUAGCAGACCUGAUGCAGGCUCAGUGCAGGGUGUUCUCUGCAUGCAGCCACCUGCCCCACUCUGUUCCUCCCUGCUCCAGCCCCCUCUCUCUCUGCCAGAGACAGCUAAAAGCCCAGCAGCAGAGAGGAUCAACUUCUCAGGAGCUCUCAGCCUUGAAGACAGAGAACGCCAAUGCCUCCCUGCUUCCUGAGGAUGGAGAGAAGGCAGCACAGCCAGAGGAGCGGACGGACAGUGCAAGACUCCUCCAAGGCCAGGAGGAGGAGCAGGAGCGGCUGCGGGAUGCCGGCCAGGCAGGCACUGCGAGCAUCUCCCAGGACAUUGAGAUCCAGGUGGAAAACGGAAAAGAGCUGAAGCUGAAGGAACAGCUUGAUGCCCUGAGGAGAGAGCACACAGAAACCCUGCAAGAGCUUCGGGGAGCACAUGAGCAGGAGAAGCUGCUGCUGACAGAGUCCCACCACAGGUCUGAGGCAGCCUUACAGGAGAAAAUUCAAGCACUGAAUUCCCAGUUGAAAUCCUUCCAGGAGAGGAUGAAGCGAGUGGAGGAGUCACUGUUGAGAACAGACUACAAGAAGCACAUCCAGGAGCACGGGAGCCCCAGCCCCUUCUGGGAGCAGGAGCUGGAGAGCCUGCACUUCGUCAUCGAGAUGAAGAACGAGCACAUCCACGGCCUGGACAAGAAGCUGCUGCACCUGGAGACCGUGGAGGAGAGGAAUCUUCUGCUGGAGGAGAAGGUGAAAACUCUCCAGCAGGAGAACGAGGACUUGCAAGUUCGCACCCAGAACCACUUGGUCAUGGCGAGGCAGCUGUCCGAGGAGCUCCAGGCCGCCCGCGGGGCGCUGGAGAAGGAGGCGCAGCUGCUGGAUCAGGCUCGCCGGGAGAAGGAGGAGCUGCUGUACCGGGUGCUCAACGCGGGGGACGGCACUCCGUUCCCCAUGGCUGCCGGCGAGGUGCCCCUCAUCGCCACGUAG